ACACGGCAUCUGCCACAGGUCAACUGCCAAGCGUCGGUGUCACCUUGUAUAUGUGCCAGCCAGGAGCUUGUAGUUUAGUUUGUGUGUACGGCACUGAACAAAACUGCAUGGGAUUCACUUUAGGCAUCACUAUUUGAACAUCUAGAAUAUGUUUACAUGUAGAGAACACAGAAUUCAUCAUUAGGCAGAAUCAUCUGUCCAUGACAACAUGCAGGCGAAGCUGCAUUCUUUCUGCAUAGCUAUGAACAUUCUACUCAAGUCUCUUACCGUGUGCUGGAUCAUUGUGGAUCUUGGAGGAUGCCAAGCGAGGAAUGACUUUCAGGGGACACUGUGUCCACGGAAUCAAGAACUUGCAGCAGCAAAAGGAGCCAUCCGACGUUCUGACAUGUCUCCAAAACAUUUCCGUGUUGUUGAUUUCGGACGCCCCAGAGGGAGGGGCAUAGUCGCAGACAAGGAAUUUGCUCAUGGUGAAUAUAUGCUGUAUUAUGCAGGAAAGUGGGAUGUUAUAGAACCAGACACAAGCGACGAUGUUCAUACCUUUCAAAUUAGUUACCGUAAAAUGCGAUUUUGGUUUGAUGCGGAAGAAGAGGAUGGUUCGUAUGGGAGACUCAUCAACGAUGCAUGGGGGCACCCAAAUACACAGCCACGGGUUGUCUUUGUAGACGGUGAACCACGUAUCGCCUUUUUCGCCUUGGGAUCAAUACAUGCUGGUCAAGAAAUCCUAUUCGAUUAUGGUGGCACUAAUGAUCUCCCGUGGAGGAAACAGGAAUUAGAUGAAGCGAAUCACCUUCAGACGCCUUGAUAUCUGGGACAAAUUUGAAUAUUUGAGUUUUGUGAACACGUCAGUUGCAUCGCCAACACAGAGCACGAGACACACUAUGUACUGAACAACAGCAAUAUUGGUGAUAUAUGGAUAUUGGUGAUAAAUCGAGAUGGUCUGAAUGAAGAAGCGGAAUGCACCAAUUAAACCCGAAUGGUCGCGAAGUGCUGAUGGAUUGAACGGAGAAUGUUGCUUCACAUUACUACUAUUUGUGUUGCCACGUUUAUGAUCUACUAGUAACCGAUACAUGUGCAUAUCCACGUAGUGCGCCAUAUGGCCAGGGUCCGCUGACUUUGUUGGAGCAUGCCAUUGUAUCCCAAUUGCAUCGAUUAUUUACAGGCCGCCUUCAUAUAACUGGAAUAUUGCUGCAUGCGGCGUUAACCAACCAACAACAAAAGUACACCACGAAUACCUACCACUUCGAGAUAUGCCGCAGAUGUCCGAUUCCUUUUUUCAGUUUGGCAUGUUUCACUAAACCUAACAAAACCGUCGAAUACCAUAUUAAUCAAAUCGAAUCGAUACGGAACGUAAACGAUAUCUUUGAUAUCUCUGACCACUUCUAGCAGGGAUGGGAAGGGUGGGCACAGCCUUAUUCAGUCACAAGCAAGUUAUUGACCUCGUUGAACGUUUGUAACAUGAUGGAAGAAUGUUUAAGAAAUAAACGACAAGUGGGAGUUGUUUAUCGUACAAUAAAACACUACAGGGAGAAUAAUUCGUGAUGGGCGCAGCCUUUUUAAGGAUGUUAAUUGUAAUGUACAAGCUUCACAAAUAUUACCCGUACCUAAAUACUGAUGGCUCCCUGGAUAGAAUCCGACCUCGUCAAUGUUGGAAAAGUCCAUUUUAUGAACAGCGGGGUUAUAGUUGGUCUUUUCCGCAUAUUCCAACAAUGUUCAUGUCUAUUAUCUGUACCUUUUCUCCCAAGACCGAUUGUCAUAUCUCUCCCACUUUUGGAUGCGAUCGUUCGGAAACUGCGUUUAUCUGCGUAGCCCAGCUACAUCUAUGCGGAACAACUUCCUAGACACU